AAGAGGGGUUGACACUGUAGUAUAGAGACCGAAACGGAGUGGACACUGAGUGCUAACAGAUCAAUAGGCUUCUGAAAUAAAAGGCAAGAUUUGAAAGCAAGAGGGUCAAGAUGCCCAAUUUUGCUGGAACCUGGAAGAUGAAGAGCAGUGAGAAUUUUGAGGAGCUUCUCAAAGCGCUGGGGGUGAAUGCGAUGCUGAGAAAAGUGGCUUGUGCGGCUGCGUCUAAACCCCAUGUAGAGAUUCGUCAGAACGGGGAGCAGUUCUAUAUCAAGACCUCCACCACCGUCAGAACCACCGAGAUCAACUUCCAGAUCGGACAAGAGUUCUACGAGGAGACCGUUGAUGGCCGCAAAUGCAAGAGCCUGGCCACAUGGGAGACAGAGAACAAGAUGACCUGCCGACAGACCCUUUUGGACGGAAAUGGCCCUAAAACAUACUGGACACGAGAGCUGAGAGGGAACGAACUCAUCCUGAUGUUUGGGGCUGAUGAUGUGGUGUGCACACGGAUUUAUGUACGGGAAUGAACGCCUCGGCGGAGGAAUAUUCCAGCACUUGCAGCUUUGGAGGACUAACAUUUUCAUCAUGACUAACUUGCACUGUAGUGUGCUAGUGGAUACGUUCUUCUGAGUCGGUUAGCAUUUUUAUGUAUUCAUUAGACUCAUUUUUUUAAAAUAAUAAAUCUUUUUAAUGAUAUAUGUACAGAGUUGGACAGGCCUGUGUGGAGCUGUAAGAUGUUAGGUGGCCCACAGGACUGUCAGCGUGGGCUGGACUGAUGGAAAAAUGAGAAGGCCUUCUUUUAGUUACAUUCAUACUUGUAUCUGACAAACAUUUUUAGACCAGUUACAACUGUAACCGUAUCUCCUGUUACAUGCAUGUAUUAAUAAAGACAUUUGAUUGUAA